UUAAUUUUACAGUAAGAAUAAUUUACAGCCCCACACUCAAUUAGCCACCCUUUCUCUUUCAUUUGGUUCAAUCAUGCCUGAGGAUUAAGUAUUUUAUCUAUUUUGCAGAGGAAACAGGAUCAAGGUGGGGCAAUGAUUUGCGCAAAAUCACUGGGGAGAAGGAACGGUCCGGAUUCCAACUUGCAAGAUUCUCACGCCCGAGCUAGGAAUCAAUCGAACAAAUCAAGUCAAUCACCCAAUCAGUAUUUAUUGAGCCCCUGCUGCUUGCGGUUAGUCUUCACGCAGGUCAGGCGAGAAGAGGUUGCGGUGCACAAGCAGCUGCACGGACUGGAAGGCCGCCGCGGAUCACGGGAAUUUGGCGCCUAUUUUUUGUUGGUUGAACGUUCUCGCCGGUGAUUGGGCCCCAGCGCGGCGUGCCGGUGCGCCCGGCUGCGGCUGCUCAGCCGACCUUGGCAGUACUCGGGAGGCUCAGAACUCGGCUGGCCUCCCGGGGGAUGGGCCACCAGGAGUCUCCACUAGCCCAAGCGCCGGCGGGAGGUGCGGCUUAUAUAAAGAGGUUAUGUAAAGGGCUCAGCUGGCGCGAACACGUGGAAAGCCACGGGAGCCCGCAGGCCUGGGCCUCCCCCGUGAGCGCCGCUGCCACUACUGGUGCGGCAGCGUUACCCGUCGCACGUCCAAGCCAGACCACUGCCUCCCGCGCCUCUCGGUCCCGGGGGCAACUCCGGCCCGGAACGGACCAUCCCCAGGCAGGGGCUCCAAAGGGGAAACGGACCGCCCGGAAGUGGAGGUGCGCGGGCCAGGUCACAAUCCAAGGUCCCGCUCCUCCGCGUCCCGGGGCCGGACGGAGGGAUGAGGCAGGGGGGAGCUGGGCAGCGCCGUUGCUGCUCCCCCCGCUGCCUGCAGCCAUGGAAACGGGGAAGGACGGCGCCCGCAGAGGUACACAAAGCCCAGAGCGGAAAAGGCGAAGCCCAGUGCCGCGGGCGCCCAGCACGAAGCUGAGGCCGGCGGCGGCGGCCCAGGCCAUGGAUCCAGUGGAGGCCGAGGCUCCGGGCGAGGCCUACCUGGCGCGGCGGCGGCCAGAAGGCGGUGGCGGUUCUUCGCGGCCGCGCUACAGCCUGUUGGCGGAGAUCGGGCGCGGCAGCUACGGCGUGGUUUACGAGGCAGUCGCCGGGCGCAGCGGGGCCCGGGUGGCGGUCAAGAAGAUCCGCUGCGACGCCCCUGAGAACGUGGAGCUGGCGCUGGCUGAAUUCUGGGCCCUGACCAGUCUCAAGCGGCGCCACCAGAACGUGGUGCAGUUUGAAGAGUGCGUCCUGCAGCGCAACGGGCUAGCCCAGCGCAUGAGUCACGGCAACAAGAACUCACAGCUUUACCUGCGCCUGGUGGAGACCUCCCUCAAAGGAGAAAGGAUCCUGGGUUAUGCUGAGGAGCCCUGCUAUCUCUGGUUUGUCAUGGAGUUCUGUGAAGGUGGAGACCUGAAUCAGUAUGUCCUGUCCCGGAGGCCAGACCCAGCCACCAACAAAAGCUUCAUGCUGCAGCUCACAAGCGCCAUUGCCUUCCUGCACAAAAACCACAUCGUGCACAGGGACCUAAAGCCAGACAACAUCCUCAUCACAGAGCGGUCUGGUACCCCCAUCCUCAAGGUGGCUGACUUUGGACUAAGCAAGGUCUGUGCCGGGCUGGCACCCCGAGGCAAAGAAGGCAAUCAAGACAACAAAAAUGUGAAUGUGAAUAAGUACUGGCUAUCCUCAGCCUGCGGCUCAGACUUCUACAUGGCUCCUGAAGUCUGGGAGGGACACUACACAGCCAAGGCGGACAUUUUCGCCUUGGGCAUUAUCAUCUGGGCAAUGAUAGAAAGAAUCACUUUUAUUGACUCUGAGACCAAGAAGGAACUCCUGGGGACCUAUAUUAAACAGGGGACUGAGAUCGUCCCUGUUGGCGAGGCGCUGCUAGAAAACCCAAAGAUGGAGUUGCACAUCCCCCAGAAACGCAGGACUUCCAUGUCUGAGGGGAUCAAGCAGCUCUUGAAAGACAUGUUAGCUGCUAACCCACAGGACCGGCCUGAUGCCUUUGAACUUGAAACCAGAAUGGACCAGGUCACAUGUGCUGCUUAAAAUUCAGGGCUAAGCAUCUUGGGUGUUUUUAAACUAGGUCGAUCCCUCGGGACCCACAGUCUCACCAUGUCUCGUACAGAGGACGGCAGAGGGGACAGGUGGUGGCUUGGCCGGUUGGCGAUCUCCCAACAGCUGGAUCUCGGGCAAUGUGAAGCUUUCAUUUGGGUUUCCCCCUUCCUUUUAGUUUUGCUUAAUUUUUUUUUUUUUUGGUCUUUUUGUUUUUUAAUUUAAACCAUUGAGACUUCAAAAGAGCAGGAAGCUAUGUGUGGACAGGCACCAGUUUCUUUAAAGAAAUUCAAUGUGGAUAAGGCAUAUGCAUAAAUUUUACUUUUAAUUUUUAUAGGGGGUUAGGGAGCUACUUUUGUUUUUGUCUUUCACUUUCCCUCUGUCUUUCUACACGUCUCAGUUCUGCUUCUAGCAUCUUGCUUCCCUAGAGAAGGCCUGCCUCCCCAGAGAGAAUUUGGGGUUUCUCCUAGAACGAGGCAUGAAGACAUAAUGAGGCCUCUGGCUACCUCCCUGCCAGAUGCAGGAACUGCAGGACUUCUUGGUCAGCUGUCCCUGGCCAGUCCCGGGCCUCACACGAACAGAGGUGAAGAACCACCUGGAAGAGGAAGGACCUAGAAAGGAGGCCUCAGUCGCGUGCUUUGUUCUCUUUAAGCUGUUGGGAGCCCACGGCCCCACCAGGACUUACGGCGGUGGUGUGCAUUCAUUCCCUCUCCUACCGUGUGUAACAGGGAACUUGGAGGGAGGGGCGGGGGGUGACCAGCAGCAACCCCAGUUCUAUAAACCUACCUUUCUGUGAGGAAAAACUAUCGUGCCAAACUCUGCCUGGGACACAGCUGGGUCUUCAGCAGGCAUCUGUCACUGCUGUGAGGAUAACGCCCCUCACCUACUGUCUCCUGGUUUGUCAUCUUCCCAGAUGGGUCUGAAGGUAUCCAGGUGCCUAAGGCCCCCAAGAUCUGGUUAGGACCAUUGCCACGAUGACAGGGUAUCCUGAGCUAGCUGCCAUUGCCGUCUUGCAGCAAAGGGCAUGCCCUGUGUUCCAGGGUCUGUGGUGUCAUAUGUGGUGACACGUACUGUCAAGCGCCAUCUCCCUCACCCCCAGGGACUCACUAGGUGCCCACCCUCAGUAUAAAUAUGUCUGAUGGGAAAAGAAUGGACCUGCCCAGACCAGGUAGCUUCUUGUGGCCUUGAGGUGCCCAUCUGAAAGCUUGCUGCCCUCAAGCUUUCCCAGCCUCCCACCUUCAACUCCCCUACUCAUGUCUGUUGUGGCUGUCACUCUCUGGCAAUCUCCUGCACCUGCCUACCCCAGGCUGCUUCUCAGAACCAUCUACACUCCGGCAGCAAGUAGAAGGGGGAAUGUUCUGUGUUCUCUCUCUGGACACAACUUGGGCUUUUCCAGUGGCUUUUUACCCCCAUUGUGGCCAAAUAGGAUAAUGUCUCUGGGGAAGGAGAAAGGAGAUCUUCUGUAUUCAUUUUUGUGUUCUCUUUUACUAAACCAACAUAGGAUGGAUAGGAGAGAUAGUCGGAGGGCGUUUUCACUGGUGUAUGACCAAGGGGGGCUUCCCCCCCAAAGCAGGAAUCCUUUGGCCCUGGGGUUUGGGAAGCCCAGCACACCAUCAGGCUGGACUUGGCAAAGUGUUUCUCACUUUCUUCCCACCUUCUCUCGAGCCCCUCAACCAAGGUUCCUUCCUCAUGGGCAGAGAGUUGGCUGCAAUGAGCAGGAUCCCACAGGGCUGCAGAUGAUGACCAAGCCCCGCCCUUCCUGGGCUGACUCCUCCAGCAGCCUCCUGAGUACUCCAAGUUGCAGCUGAGAGGAUCGGAACACCACUGUCCCCCAUCACAGUGCAUAGCCCUUCUGUACCCCACCCUCACCCUCCCUUGCCCCAACUGUCUUUGUGCGUGGGCAAAUGGGAAAAACAGUCCCCAGACUCAGCACCCCCUCUCCCAGGCUACAGCCCACACUCUGUCAUCCCUGGUGAGGUUCCAGCCUAAUAAGUUUCUUCCUUAUUACCUAUCUUUUUUCUCUACCCUCCUAGGUCCCGUCACUCAGUCUAGAGUUCUUGGGCACUGUAGUGCUUGCCCUUUGUUAUUUUUCUUGGUAUCAGAGUAUCCCCUGUAAGUCACAGGUGGGCAGCUUAGUAGGGGCAGCCAGAGGCUGUACCCCUGUGUCUUCGGAACUCCCAGCCAGCUCGUGCUUUGUGACAGGGCCUCCUUCCCUAGUCCCAAGUGCCUGUCCCUUCCUCUCCUGCUUUCUCUACUUUGCCCACCACAGGCACCUAACCUACUAGUCAGUGGACUGGCCUUGGCAUAGCCCCUGUGGUCUUCUCAGUGCACCUCCACUUGUCCCCAUGGCUGGCUUCCUGAUUGUCGCUCCCCUCCACCUGCCACCUCACCUGGGUCUCGGGCCUGCCAGCAGCUCCUUCUGUGUCAUCUCAGCACCACCAAGUUUGUUAGACCUGUCCAACUUCUAGGACUUUCCAAACAUUCAAACAUGGGUCAUUCAUUCUUUUCUCCUUGGCUCUGUGACAAGGCUAGCCUAUAGGAGGGAGGAGAUUGGCCUCAGCCCUCCUGGGUCUGAGCUUGGUUUCCCUGAGUCAGAGAGGAAUCAGCAGGACAGAUCAUAGUGCCUUAUUCCAUUGUCAUCCCCUGCCAGACCUCCCUGCUGGGAGGGUGUGGCUUUUUUCUCCCUAUCUCUGUCCAUCUGUCACCUGCACUCUCUCCCACUCCCAGGGAGCCAUGGGGGAAAGGAUCCUCACCCCAGUCCCCCUCACCUCCUUCCACCAGGGCAGUCACUAGCAUCUCUAGCCCAGGACAGAAAAUCUGUGCUUCAGAUGGGUGCACACUCUGCUUCAUACUCCCCAGCAGGUCCUCUGCCUCUUACCUCUAGCCAGGAGGAUGCUGUAGUCUGUUCAUUCAAGACUGGCUCCAUCUGACCCCUUUCUGGGCCCAGGACUAUGGUUGCAGGCCUCAGCCUCAUCUCAUCCCAGGGGCAUUGGGACAGGAGAAUAGGAAUUCUUUCCUCCAAACCGGAUGAGGUGUGGCCCCCCCAUGGCCCUUCUUAGGGGGUAUACUAAAUGUUUACUUAAGCAAUACCCUGUUUACAGCUGGAGGAGAAAUAUGCCCGUCACUGGGUGGAGAUUUGCUACUCUGGACAGGGCCUGCCCUCCUUUAUGGCACUGCCAGUGCACUCUCCAGAGUGAAUGAAGGUAGCAAUGCCUGGGACAGAGGCGAGCCUCCUUCACUCCCUCUGCUCCCUGCCCUGUGGUGCUAGGACCACUCACCACCUUCCCUGCAGCCUCCUUGCCCCUGCCCGUUGGCCACCUCAUCAUUCCCUUCCUCCAGGAUUCUCAACUCUCUAACAUAUCACUUGUCUCCUAGCCUAGAAAACCAGUGUUGAAGCAAUAAGAUUAUUUUUGCUUGAAUCUUUUUCUAAGAGAAGGAAAAGAGUUGGCAUUGUGGGAAUCUUUCUUUUUUAUGCUGUUGGCUGUUUACUUUUUUUUUUUUUUUUAGAAGAAAGAGCUUAAUGGAUAGAUGUCUGGAUUAUCUUUUAGAAACUUAGGAAUGCAAGAGUCAGGCUGCUGCCCCUAUGGAGGGGUCCUUGGCUCUGCCCUUGCCUGGCUCCAUACCGCCCCCUCCAGCCCUGUCCGCCAGGUAUACCUCCUACCAUCAGUCAUCCCAUGCCCCUCCUCCUCCCACACCUCGGAUUACCCCUCCCUUUGACUCAUUUUCCCUUCCUAGGCCUGUCUGGCAGCCCCCAGGCAGACACAGCUGCUGGGAGUCUCCUUAGGCCUAACAACCUCAGAAUAGCCAAGCUGGCAUUAUUCAGCUCUUCAGGCCACUGAGUUCUAGAUGCAGAAAGUCAGAGGUAUUGCCUCUGCCAUCCUCCUGCACUGGGCUGCAGCACAGCCUCUGAGACAGCACAGGCCCACCUCUUACCCUGCCUGCCUGGGCUCUGAGCACCUGGGGCUCCUGUCUGGAGAGAUUAACCCACUACCAUUGGUUGCUCAAGGGUCCCCUAAGAUGUCAAGAGUAUCAGAAGGGAGGCUCUCCCAUGUGUUUUUCCAGGAGAGGCCACGGGUGGAAGGGAACCUAUUUAGGGGCAUUCAAAACAAUCUUUUGUGCCCAGGGGCUUCUUCCCAUUGGAGCAGGAAAGUAUAUUUCACUUAUUUCUUAAAGAUUCAUGUGGAACAGACUUGAGUGAGAGGGAGGUUUUAAGCCAGGCACAAAGUUAGUUUCAAAUACUAGUUAAUAAAUCUAUUUUUCUUUAUUUCCUUUUUUUGCACAGAAGCUGGUAAUCUAGGACCUACAUGUGAACAACUUUAUAUGAAUAUUUUUUGUACUUGGUUUACUUGGGUUGGUAUGAUACAUUAUAUUUAAGUUCCUUGAACACUGUGGAUCCCCCUAAUAUGUAUGAAUGACUGAGGCUUUGUAAAUUAAGGGACGUUUGUGUGAAUAAAGUUAUUUGAUGGGGUCAAAGAAGCCAUAUAUGAUUUG